AUGGUAACAAAUUCAAAUGUAUCAUCAAAUGAAAUGAUAAAAUUUCCAAAUGAAUUAAUAAAAAUUGUUUGGGGAAAUGAUAUUGAACAAUCAAUAUUUGAACGUUGGUCUCAACCAUUUGAAUUUUCAAUAGAUGAACGAUCAGCAUUAAUACAAUAUGAAGGUGGUCCAUGUUCUGUAUUAACAACAGUUCAAGCACAUUUAUUAAAUGAAUUAAUUUUUUGUCAACGUUGUAAAAAUGAUUGGCGUCAAUCAUCAUCCGAUGAAAUUGAUUUACAUUUUUUAAAUGCACUUGUUUCAAUUCUUCAUUUAUUAUCAUCAACAAAUAAAAAAAUAUAUUUAGCUUAUUUUAAUAAUGAUAAACAAAAUAAAAUUUUAACAAUAAAUCAAUUUCAUGAACAAAUUUAUUUUCGUUUAUGUCAAACAAAUAUUGAUUUAAAACAAGAAAUUUUUUCACGUCUUCAAAUGUGGAAAAAUUCUUAUGGUGUUUUACUUUUUCUUUAUUCUUGUUUAAUGACAAAAACAAUUGAUUUAUUAAAAAAAGAAAUUGAUGAUGAAACAACAUUACCAUUAAUUGAUAUUGCACAUGGACAUGGUAGUCAAUGUUUAACUAAUUUAUUAAUAACUGGUUUUGCUACACCACAUUGUUUUGAUGGUGAAAAAGAUAUAUCUGGAUUAAAAUUAUAUGGUAUACGUCAUCAAGCUUCUAUUGGAUUUUUAUCAUCACUUGAAAUUUAUCGUCUAUUAGAAGUUGGAUGGCAUUUAAAAAAUCCUAAAAGUCCCAUUUGGAUUCUUGGAUCUGAAACACAUUUAACUGUUAUUUUUUCAAGAGAACGAGCUUUAGUUGAAUUAGAUAAUGAAACACCUUUAAAACAAGCUUUAAAAAAAAGAAAUGGUUUUAUAUCAAAUAAUCUUCUUGAACAAGUUCUUAAUGAAAUAAAUGAAUUUUCAAUAAUAAAAAUAAAUCCAACAUUAAGUCAAUUAAAACAAAGAAUGGAUCCAGAUAAUUUACAAAUAAUAACUGAAUCAUCAUUUAUAAAAGAAUUAUUUCCACAAGAUAAAUAUAUUAAUUCAAAUAAUCAAACAUUAACACCAUUAAAUGGAAAACCAUUUGUUAUUUAUCAUUAUAAUGGUCUUUCAAGAUCAAAUAAAGAUAAAAAAGUUCGUUAUGCAUCAGCUGAAGCUAUUAUUUCUGAUUAUGGUUAUGGAAAUGAUACACCUAUAUCAGCUGUUGCACCAGUUCAACCAGGAAGUUAUUUACCAAUAACAGGUGUAUUAAGAACAAAAUGGCCAACAAUUGAAUUAAAAUGGGAUGAUGAUCUUAAACCAUCAUUAAAUUAA